UUUUAGGUAAGUAAAUAUAAAAUAUUGUGCCAUCUGUUUACUUUAAUUGUUUUGGCCUUUUAAGAGAACUUCAUGCCUAAAAUGUUUUGCGGGGAAGAGGCACGUCAAAUGUACUAUUUCGUAACGUACGUACGUAUAUAGUCAUGUCAGAUAAACGCCAGUCCAUACAGUCAUUAUGACGUGAGUAUGACCAAUGGCCGAGCUCUUAACUUGAAGGCGACUCCGGUUGGUUAUAUGCUCCAAGAUCCAUAGUUAUUAUUGUCUGCACUCUGGACCUCUUUGAACCAUGUCAACUUAGCUUUUUCCUUUUUGCCACAUUGACAUUGUCAUUUAUCAAGCAUCGCUAUUUAUACGCCAAUUUUCAUACAAAUAUUUCGAAUUAUUUACAAAAUGCCGGACGAAAUACAAACACGACGCUACGAAUCCAUGCUGUUCAACUACGGAACAGUACAAAGAACAGAUUUCAGAGAAAAUGAAAUCAAACCUCCCGUACCUACUCUCUACAAAGAAAAGCAACCUAAGCCCAGAGCUGAAUUUAAUGGGUUAAAAGACACGCAUACUAUGACUGAGAGGCUACCCAUCCCGUUCGAUCUCUUCAUUAGGCCUAAGGAUAUAUUGAGGACUAAUCCUAGGAUCGUGCAGAAGACUUUUCUGAAGCCUGAAGAUCUAGGGCGUGAGGAGGCGCAGAGGACUCGCCCACGCCUGGUUAUGACGCCCGCCGUCAGUAUGGACGACAUUGAUAACAAACAAGUCCGCGACAUACUGGUAAAGGACAUUUAUAAAAGCACGGUGCGGAUUGCGACCGAGGAGGGCGUGGCUCUGACAAAGUACAAGACCGUUCGGGCCCCGUUCCCGGGCCUGCCGGCGCCAGCUAAUCCGAUAACUCUUCUAAAGCUGAACGCCCAAUACGUGUCUCCUGAAUGGCGCAUGGACUCAGUCUCGUGGGACAACCGUCAGCUGCGCGCCUACUGCGACCCCACUGAGAAGUUCUGGCUCGAAAGAACUCCUAAAUGCAGCGUAUGUGAUGACACAGCGGCCCGAACAGCACAACAGAAAAUGAAAGAACAAAUGAAAACGCGGGCGUGAACAGGAAGCUUUAUUGUCAAACUUAAUACCACAAUACAUAUUGUUAGUGAUUGUGUAUUGUGAGAUGAAUCAUCUUAAAAUAUUGGCCCAAUAUCGGACUAUACUGAUAAAAAGAAAAAUCGUUUUUUAUAGUAUAUAAAUUAGAAGCAUAUUUGUGUCGUUUCCAAGCAAAAAGUCGCACUUGUCGCUUGCCAUACAAGCAAAUCUCGUCCUUAUGGUAAUCGACAAAGUGGGACCUUUGAUUAGACUUCGACAUUAUUACAUAAAAUAACCAUAUAAUUCAAAACACUGUUAUCCUAUUUUAAUAUACAUUUUCAACAUUCGUUCUUGUUAUGAAAAGCAAUGUGUUUACAAAUAAAUGCGUCUCUUUCUUUUAUACGACAAUCGGAAGAGACGCCCUUAUUUAACUUUUCUCUAGCAAAUCUAAUACAUUGUACUCUCAUUUUAUAAUUAAAUCGCAUUGUAAUUAGGUAUUUUAAUUUACAUUUGGCAUAUGUGGAUUUUGUAAAUUGCAUUUGAAGAUAAGUUUACUUUGGAAUAAUAUAAAGUGACAAAGAUA